CUCCACUACAGCCAGCACGGCGACCACAACGUGGUGACGACCUCUCUGGAACUGAUGCAGCAGAUGUUCCGGACUCCUCCCCCCGGAGCUACUGCACAUGCUCAUUACGCCCGACAGCGUUCCGCACGCCAGCGUGUUCCGACGGGACGUGGAGAGACGCGCCCACUCCGGCAGCAUCCUGGAGUUCAUUGCCGGGGGCGGGUCUUCCUGUAAUAGUCCACUCCUCCUCAGAAAACAGAAAGGCAAGAUGCUGUCUGGGGAGGAGGAGGGGUUGGAAGACGACCCUGAGAGGGCAGAGGUCACCACCGGGGCCUUUACAGCCUCUGUCGCGGGCGCCGACGCCACCGCCCAGGUGGUCGACAUCAUUACCCAGCAGCCCCGCUCCUCACAGCAUGCUCUGCAGCCCGGCGACUCCGUGGACCUCGGUGGCGCCUCCUCGGAACAAGGAACGACUGCCUCGGGACGUCCGGCGGCGAGGAGGGGCGGGGACUCCCGAGUCGCCCAAUGA